GUGAAGGCCAUGAUCACCAUCGUGUCCAAGGAGUACCAGCUGAUCAAGACUCCAAAGGCCAAAGCCAAGAAGGGAUAUGUCAAGCCGAACGAUUUGACCAGGGAUGCAACUUCCUCCGAGACUCCGCCCGAGGCCGUGGCGAUCUACACGGACGAGGAGUUCAUCCAGAUCGACAAGGAGGACGAGGAGCCAACGAAGAAGAGGGAUGCUCAGAAGUGA